AAGCUGGCAGCAGAGUGCCAGAGCGCGGGCUAUAGCGGCACGCUGAUCCCCUAUAAGUGUGACCUGUCCUGUGAGGAGGACAUCCUGUCCAUGUUCUCUGCCAUCAAGACGCUGCACCUGGGGGUGGACGUGUGUAUCAACAAUGCAGGCUUGGCCCACAAUGAACCCCUGCUCAGUGGCAAGACAGACGGCUGGAAGAACAUGAUCGACGUGAGUGGACAACACACACACUGUACACAUACAGUUGAAGUCGGAAGUUUACAUACACCUUAGCCAAAUUACAUUUAAAUUAAGUUUUUCACAAUUCCUGACAUUUAAUCCUAGUAAAAAUUCCCUGUCUUAGGUCAGUUAGGAUCACCACUUUAUUUUAAGAAUGUGAAAUGUCAGAAUAAUAGUAGAGAGAAUGAUUUAUUUCAGCUUUUAGUUCUUUCAUCACAUUCCCAGUGGGUCAGAAGUUUACGUACACUCAAUUAGUAUUUGGUAGCAUUGCCUUUAAAUUGUUUAACUUGGGUCAAACGUUUCGGGUAGCCUUCCACAAACGUCCCACAAUAAGUUGGGUGAAUUUUGGCCCAUUCCUCCUGACAGAGCUGGUGUAACUGAGUCAGGUUUGUAGGCCUCCUUGCUCGCACACACUUUUUCAGUUCUGCCCACAGAUUUUCUAUAGGAUUGAGGUCAGGGCUUUGUGAUGGCCACUCCAAUACCUUGACUUUGUUGUCCUUAAGCCAUUUUGCCACAACUUUGGAAGUAUGCUUGGGGUCAUUGUCCAUUUGGAAGACCCAUUUGCGACCAAGCUUUAACUUCCUGACUGAUGUCUUGAGAUGUUGCUUCAAUAUAUCCACCUAAUUUUCCUUCCUCAUGAUGCCAUCUAUUUUGUGAAGUGCACCAGUCCCUCCUGGUGCAAAGCACCCCCACAGCAUGAUGCUGCCACCCCCGUGCUUCACGGUUGGGAUGGUGUUCUUCGGCUUGCAAGGAACCCCUUUUUCCUCCAAACAUAACGAUGGUCAUUAUGGCCAAACAGUUCCAUUUUGUUUCAUCAGACCAGAGGACAUUUCUCCAAAAAGUACGAUCUUUGUCCCCAUGUGCAGUUGCAAACCGUAGUCUGGCUUUUUUAUGGUGGUUUUGGAGCAGUGGCUUCUUCCUUGCUGAGCGGCCUUUCAGAUUAUGUCGAUAUAGGACAUGUUUUACUGUGGAUAUAGAUACUUUUGUAACUGUUUCCUACUGCAUCUUCAAAAGGUCCUUUGCUGUUGUUCUGGGAUUGAUUUUCACUUUUCGCACCAAAGUACUUUAUCUCUAGGAGACAAAACGCGUCUCCUUCCUGAGCGAUAUGACGGCUCUGUGGUCCCAUGGUGUUUAUACUUGCGUACUAUUGUUUGUACAGAUGAAUGCGGUACCAAGGAUGAACCAGACUUGUGGAGGUCUACAAUUUUUUUUCUGAGGUCUUGGCUGAUUUCAUUUGAUUUUCCCAUGAUGUCAAGCAAAGAGGCACUGAGUUUGAAUGUAGCCCUUGAAAUACAUCCACAGGUACACCUCCAAUUGACUCAAAUGAUGUCAAUUAGCCUAUCAGAAGCUUCUAAAGCCAUGACAUCAUUUUCUGGAAUUUUCCAAGCUGUUUAAAGGCACAGUCAACUUAGUGUAUAUAAACUUCUGACCCACUGCAAUUGUGAUACAGUGAAUUAUAAGUGAAAUAAUCUGUCUGUAAACUAUAGUUUGUUAACAAGAAAUUUGUGGAGUGGUUGAAAAACAAUUUUUAAUGAUUCCAACCUAAGUGUAUGUAAACUUCCGACUUCAACUGUAGGUUUACACACAUACACGCUUUAACGAGCAGAAAUACAAAUGAAGAGGAUAACUAGCUAAGCAAGUGAAAUACUUGCAGUUGUAGAGUAGGUGGUGUGAAGCAUAGUUCAGGGGGUUCAGUGAACCCACAUAACCACACACACACACACACUCCCCCUCACAAGAAGUCGUUUCAUUGGUUAUGAGAGGAGACCUGGCAGUGGUACUACAAAGAGAUCCACUUGUGGAAGAAGCCAGGCAUUAUUUCCCUCCAUCUAUUAUGCUGGGCCUUUUCUUUACACUGUGAUUCAUGGAGCUCUUGACCAUUCCAUUCAAGACCCCCAGGCUGAGCCUCCCUACUCAAAAAGUAGUCCCAUCCCUCCAGAGGAGCUGAGCAUUUCUAACGCCUGUCCAUCUGUUGCCAUGGCAGCCAAGAUCAGUGUGUAUGGCGUGUAUAUUUUUAGAUGGUGUAAUCUGUAUGCAGACCUUGUUCUGCAACGGCAACCCCCCAAUGCUACCUUAGCAACGCCACUGUGGCUUUAACCUGCCCUGCCUGGCGUCACUCUCAAAGUCACUGUGACAUGGUCACAUGAUGGAGGAGACAGGUCAGGUUCAGAUGACACAAUCUGACACAGUGACACACAGUGACACUCUCUCUACCUGUGUGACCAGCCAGUAUCUGAGGUCAUUUGUGGUCUGUUGUCAUUUUUUGGGAUGUAAUUUCAGAAGGGGCCUUAGCUUUGACACUGUUGAGAACUAUAACUGUAUUCUCAUUCACCUAGACGGUCUUUUUGUGUGUGAAGGCAGAUGCAGGUGCUUGUUUUUGACAGAAGCUCUCCCCUAUAGGUGAAUGUCCUGGCCUUGUCCAUUUGUACCCGUGAGGCCUACCAGUCAAUGAAAGAGCGGAAUGUGGACGAUGGCCACAUCAUCAAUAUUAACAGGUAGACUACAGCUUCUUUACAACCCAUUAAAUGCCUGUCACAACUGACAUUUAAAUGAUUAAAUACUCUCUCAGGAGAUACAGUGAGGAAGGCCUACAAUUUUACUCUUGGUUUUAGACAGAAGAUUCAGAGGGAUACAGGAUGGGGGUGUAGCACAAUCAUAUACAUGCCAUUAUCUCACUUUCUCUCUCUUUUUCUCCCUCCCGCCCUCCCUGCUAUAGUAUGGGGGGACAUAGAAUGGUACCUAGUGCAGAUGAACAUUUCUACUGUGCCACAAAAUAUGCUGUGACUGCUCUAACCGAGGGGCUGCGGCAAGAGCUACGGGAAGCAAAGACCCACAUCAGAGCCACGGUGAGCAGAGCAACAUUACCUUGUCACAGUUUUUCAUAUGAAUCUGACAAAUGUCUUAUACAAUUAUUAGAUAGAAAGAUGAUUGUUGAGUAUGUGUGUGUGUUCGUCCGUGCAUGUGUAUGCAUGUCUGUCUGUGUGUGUGUCACGAUCGUCGGUAAGAGAUGAGGACCAAGGCGCAGCGUUGCAGACGAACAUACUCUUUAUUUAUGAUACACGAUCAAAACAACAAAACGAUAACGUGACAGUUCACGGUCUAACACAAACCAACUAGAAACAAGAACCCACAAACACAAAGGGAAAAACAGACAGUUUAAAUAUGGCUCCCAAUCAGAGACAACCAGCCACAGCUGACACUCGUUGCCUCUGAUUGGGAGUCACUCAGGCCAACAUAGAAAUAAACAAACUAGAACUCCCAACAUAGAAAUAGAAUACAUAGAUCUACACACCCUGGCUCAACAUAACAGUGUCCCCAGAGCCAGGGCGUGACAGUACCCCCCCCUAAAGACGCGGACUCCGACCGCGGCAACUAAAUACCACAGGGGAGGGACCGGGUGGGCACUCCGCCUUGGCGGCGGAUCCGGCUCCGGGCCUGAUCCCCACUCCCUCUCCAACCCCCCAAAGUACCCCUGGUCCGGUCUGGCCCCGCUGGCCGGAGCUGGACUGCACACUGAUGGAGCGGAUUGCUCUAGCUCCGGCGUAACGCAUCUGACCGGUGCCGGACCAGGCACCAGUGGAACAGGCACGGGCCGUGCUGGACUGACGACGCACACCACUGGCUUGGUGUGAGGAGCAAGAGCGGGCCGAACCGGGCUGGCGACGCGCACCAUUGGCUUGGUGCGGGAAGCAGGACCGGACCGGGCUGACGAUGCGCACCCCUGGCUUGGUGCGUGGAGCAGCAACGGGCCGGACCGGGCUGACGAUACGCACCCCUGGUUUGGUGCGUGGAGCAGGAACGGGCUGGACCGGCCUGACGACUCGCACCCCUGACUUGGUGCGAGUGGCAGGAACAUGCCGGACCGGGCUGGCGACGCGCACCAUAGGCUUGGUGCGGGGAGCAGGAACAGGCCGGGCCGGGCUGGCGAAUCGCACCAUAGGCUUGGUGCGAGGAGCAGGAACAGGCCGGGCCGAGCUGGCGACGCGCACCGUAGGCUUGGUGCGAGGGGCAGGAGCAGGCCGGGCCGGGCUGGCGACGCGCAACUUAGGCUUGGUGCGAGGAGCAGGAACAGACCGGACCGUACUGGGGACACACACCACUGGCCCUACACCGGGAUCUGGAACGGGCCGGACCGGACUGGUAACACACCCCAGUACCUCUCGCCGUGCCUCUACACCUUCCAUCCCCUCUUCGACCAGUGGCCCCCGUAACCUGGCGGCCUCCUCUGCCAACCCGCUGGACCGCUCUAUCGCGGCCUCCUGCUGCCCCGACGUCGUGAGCCCCCCCCUAAAAAUGUUCUGGGGGUCUCUCUUCCCCGUGGGCCAGGCCUCUAUAGUUCUCGCCCAACUCUCGCUCUUCUGCUUCCAACUCCCGCCAUUCAGCUCCUCAUUUGGCUUGACCCAGUUGAAGCUCUUCCUCCACUGUUCCCAAGUCCACCCUCUCUGCUCCUCACUAGGCUUGACCCAGUCGAGGUUGCCACGGAGAUCUGCUAGCGAUUCCCCUGGCGAUGGCUCCUGGACACGCUGCUUGGUCCAGUUUUGGUGGGUUCUUCUGUCACGAUCGUCGGUAAGAGAUGAGGACCAAGGCGCAGCGUUGCAGACGAACAUACUCUUUAUUUAUGAUACACGAUCAAAACAACAAAACGAUAACGUGACAGUUCACGGUCUAACACAAACCAACUAGAAACAAGAACCCACAAACACAAAGGGAAAAACAGACAGUUUAAAUAUGGCUCCCAAUCAGAGACAACCAGCCACAGCUGACACUCGUUGCCUCUGAUUGGGAGUCACUCAGGCCAACAUAGAAAUAAACAAACUAGAACUCCCAACAUAGAAAUAGAAUACAUAGAUCUACACACCCUGGCUCAACAUAACAGUGUCCCCAGAGCCAGGGCGUGACAGUGUGUGUCUAUAAACAUCAAUAACGAGCAUGGUUUGUGCCUUUCUCUUCCAUAGUGUAUAUCCCCUGGAAUAGUGGAGACUGAGUUUGCCUUCCGGCACCACAACAGUGAUCCAGAGAAAGCAGCUGCUGUGUAUGAGAGUAUAAAAGUAAGGCAGCUAGACUGUGUGUGAGUCUGUGUGUGUGUGUGUGAGUCUGUGUGUGUAAGUCUGUGUGUGGGGGGGUGGGUUGGUGGAUGGUACAGGAGGUUGGUGGCACCUUAAUUGGGGAGGACGUGCUCAUGGUAAUGGCUGAAGCGGAAUCAGGUGAAUGGUAUCAAAUACAUCAAACACAUGGUUUCCAUGUGUUUGAUGCCAUUGCAUUUGCUCCGUUCCAGACAUUAUUAUGAGCCAUCCUCCCCUCAGCAGCCUCCUGUGGUCUUCUCUCAAUACAAAUACUUUAACAAACUGUAUUACUAAUUGGCCUUUUUUUCGUCUGCAGUGUUUGAAAGCACAAGACAUAGCCAGUGCAGUCACAUACGUUCUGGGCGCCCCUCCUCAUGUCCAGGUAAAGUAGUGCUCUGUCUGUCUGUUGCUUCUGUCAACACUUGGCUUACUUAUAUCCUGCCUCUCUCUCAAGUCAAGACUAACUCUUAGAUAGACUAAUGGUACUAUAUGUUGUCAAUGGCCCUGACCUGCAUAGUCUGAAACAGUGCGCUUUUAUAGAGGACAUUCAUGCAGUUUGUUGGGUGCCUCUAUUAUUUGUGUUUGUUUGUUUGUUUGUGUAUGUAACCCUGCUUGUCGGCCUCUAGAUCGGAGAUGUGCAGAUGAGGCCGGUGGAACAGAAGUCAUAG